AUGGCUUUCACAGCAGAUGAUCUUCUGUGUGCAACAGCAGAGAUUAUGGGGAAGAGCACUUUUGGGACUGUCUACAAGGCCACACUGGAGGAUGGGAGUGAAGUUGCAGUGAAGAGAUUGAGAGAAAAGAAAACCAAAAGUCAGAGGGAGUUUGAGGCAGAAGUGAAUAUUCUUGGGAAAAUCAGACAUCCAAAUCUUUUGGCACUGAGGGCCUAUUACUUAGGACCUAAAGGAGAAAAGCUUCUGGUUUUCGAUUACAUGCCUAAAGGAAGUCUUGCAGCAUUUCUCCAUGCUCGAGGGCCUGAUACUCCUAUUGAUUGGCCAACAAGAAUGAACAUAGCAAAGGGCAUGGCAAGAGGCCUGUCCUAUCUCCACACCAAUGAGAACAUUAUACAUGGGAACCUCACAUCCAGCAAUAUUCUACUUGAUGAGCAGGCCAAUGCUAAGAUAUCAGAUUAUGGCCUCUCUCGCCUCAUGACAGCAGCUGCCAAUUCAAAUGUGAUUGCAACUGCCGGAGCACUAGGGUACCGAGCACCAGAGCUCUCAAAGCUUAAGAAGGCCAACACAAAAACGGACGUAUACAGCCUUGGGGUGAUCAUAUUGGAACUCCUAACAGGGAAGUCUCCUGGUGAGCCAAUGAAUGGCUUGGAUUUGCCUCAAUGGGUGGCCUCCAUUGUGAAAGAGGAGUGGACUAACGAAGUUUUCGAUUUGGAAUUGAUGAGGGAUGCAUCAAUUAUCGGCGACGAGCUGCUAAACACAUUGAAAUUAGCCUUGCAUUGUGUUGAUCCUUCACCAUCUGCAAGACCAGAAGUUCAUCAGGUUCUGCAGCAACUAGACGAGAUUAGACCCGAAACAGCUGCCAGUUCCAGUGACGAUGGAGCUGGAGCCCCUUCAGCAAGUGAGUGA